AUUUGACGUCAAAAUUUCAGUUUGACAAAUGUCCCCCGCUGUGAAUGCUUAGUAAAAUGAGUGGUAGGCAUAAUCCGCACCCAUCAAGACGAGCCAAUCUAUCGGAUUCAACGCAGCUUCCUUCACACAGAACAGUUCAACUCUCGGUUGAACGAAACGCUGAUAGGCCCGCCUCGCUUCCUCAGGAUUUGGGAACUUAUGCCGAGUAUGCGUCCUACGGGCAUAUCAGAGUGCCAGUUGCAGGGAGAGCUUCUAACCCCGGGCCUUGCGUGUAUCCCAUCCAACAGGAAGUAUACGGCCCUCACAUAGAUUAUGAUGUAAACUGGAUGCCCAAUAAUAUCAAUUUAACCGAUAUUCUCGACCAGAAUGGUCACCAAAGAACGCCGAAAUUGAAACGCAUCCAAAAUAUUAAUCAAACGGCUACAGAACAAUUACCUGCCGGACAAUCACCAUAUCGCAACCCUCAGUCUCUUCUUCUAAACGAGCUCAUGCAGGAGGACAAUAAGAAGCCUAAGGUAGCGGAGGAACGCAGAGAAUCGCUUAUGGAAUGGUUCGACAGGUCCGUGGAAAAGGAACUUAGAAAACAUAAGGAGACGUCGUUAGGCAGGGUCGGAUUUUCACCAACCACGACGUCACCACCAGAAGAGUUAAAGUUAUCUAGGGGAGCGCUGGAAAGGAUGGCUGAAGCUAGCGCAAGUCAGAUUGAAAUAGUUUCCGAUAUGAGAAGAGAACCUGAUGCUGAGCUUAGUGAAGCGGUCGAUAAAUUAGCGAAAGCUGAAGCUAUGAGUAAGUUUGCGGGAGCAGUCAGAGCCGCUGAAGCGGCUGCAAAAUCCGUUCCUCCGGAGUUAGCCGAAGAAGCCGCGGUGGCUAGUGCGAGAGGAUUUCAAACGGAAGUUCAAACUACAAAUAUUCACCACGAUUUUGAUGGUGACCGGCCAAUGGAAGUUGUCGGAUACAUCGGUAUAACCAAACCCAAAUACGCGACGAGAAGACAAUGAAGCAUGUAGCAAAUUCUAUUCGCAACUAAAAUAAAGUUUCUA